AUGUAUGCAUCUAGAUGGAAGAAUUCCGAGGAUGAUAUUGACUAUAGACCUGUUAACAGAAUGACGACAAAUGCACCACUUGAUAACAAUGGUCUUAACAAUAAGAAUAAGAAUAAUAACAACAUUCAAAGAAAAGAAACCAGAUCAGUGGAAUUCAAACCUCCAGAAAGGCCAGCAGAGUUUAAAACAAUGAAAGAACUAAACAGUUAUUUAAAGAAAUUGCGUCAUUAUUACUUCAUUGUUGGUCGUCCGAGAUUCGGUCGCUGAAGAUGAUGCGCUAACUAAGAAGAAGUCAAAACCG